UUGUUCCUGGCUGAGUGGGAAUACAACUCAAACCAAAUAGCCUGCAUUGAUAUAAUGUCAAAUAUAUCGUUUUACUAUCGUAAUUUAAAAGGUCGUCUAAAAAGUUCGCUCAGCGAAGUUAAAUAAGUUUUUAAUUGUGAUUCACGAUGUACUUUUUGUGAGAGUAGAGGAAUUAACCUUAGUUAAUAAGAUGGCUAGCAAACUGAAUUCGUCAUAACAUGCCAAAUUUUUCAUUUUUUCAUACCUUAAGAAAUCAAUGUAUUAAUUCUGCUUUUAAAACUAAAGCCUGGUCCCAGAUCGAAAGGUUCCGCGGGUGCUGUGUUCCUUGCAGAAGGAUGUCGGAGGAACAGAGUAACACCCAAAUCAAGCAGCUGAAAAGGGCGUUGGAGAGCCCUCCGUUUGACCAUGACGGGGAGGCCAAGAAGCUCAAAACAGACGACGACAAGACAGCCGAGGAGAAGAAAUUUCCUAAGAGAAAAGUUGCCCUGCUCGUGGCAUAUUCAGGCAAAGGAUAUUAUGGAAUGCAGAGAAAUCCAGGAAAUGCACAGUUUAAAACCAUAGAAGAUGAAAUUGUCACUGCGCUUAUCAAAGCUGGGUGCAUUCCUGAGAAUCAUGGAGAUGACAUGAAAAAGAUGUCUUUCCAAAGAUGUGCAAGGACUGACAAGGGUGUUUCUGCAGCUGGUCAGGUUGUCUCACUCAAGCUGUGGUUGGUUGAUAAAAUUCUGCAAAAGAUCAACACACAUCUCCCACCACAAAUAAGAGUUUUAGGCAUCAAGAGAGUCACAGGUGGCUUCAACUCCAAAAACAACUGUGAUGCCAGGACAUAUUCCUACAUGCUUCCUACUGUAGCCUUCUCUCUGAAAGACAGGGACCAAGAAGACACUUCGUUCCGCAUGGACUCGGAAACCCUUCAGAGGGUCAACACGCUGUUCGCCCUUUAUAAAGGCACCCAUAACUUCCACAACUUCACCUCGCAGAAGGGCCCGCGGGACCCGAGUGCCAAGCGCUACAUCACCCACAUGGCCUGCGGGGAGCCCUUCGUCAGGCAGGGGGCCGAGUUUGCCGUCAUCACGGUGCGGGGCCAGAGCUUCAUGAUGCACCAGAUACGGAAGAUGAUCGGCCUGGUGAUUGCCGUGGUGAAGGGCUACGCAGGGGAGGAGAUCAUGGAGAGGAGCUGGGCAGAGGAGAAGGUGGAUGUGCCCAAGGCUCCCGGGCUCGGCCUCGUACUGGAGAGGGUGCACUUUGACCGGUACAACAAGCGCUUUGGGGGAGAUGGCCUUCACGAGACCCUGGAGUGGACCCAAGAGGAGGACGCCAUUGCGGCCUUUAAGGAUGCACACAUCUAUCCAAGUAUAGUGGAGACAGAAUGUCAGGACAAAUCUAUGGUUAGCUGGAUGACAACACUGCCCAUUCAUGACUUUGAGGCUACUGCUGCAGGAAAACAGGAACGCAAGGAUGAAGAUGAAGAUGGAAGUGCAUCUGACUAAAUCAUUUGGAGAGGAUUAUUUUUUUGCAGUUAUUGUUUUGUUUGGCUAAACCUAUGUUUAACUGUCGCUGUCAAAUGAUUUACUUCACAUUUGCCAUAUUACACUUUUGAAAUAAAAAGUUUUAUUUUGA